AUGGCUCUCUCAGUGAAAGGAAAAUCUGCUAUUGUGACUGGAGCAGGCUCCGGUAUCAACCUCAGCUUCGCCCAGCGGCUGUUGGAUAAUGGGUGCAACGUCCUAAUCGCAGACCUGGGCCUGCGCCCCGAGGCCCAGGUGCUCGUUGACAAGCACACAGCUGCGCCGGCACGAGCCAUUUUCCAGCAAACCGACGUGACGGACUGGCAACAGCUGGAGCGAAUGUUCGAAGUGGCUGAAAAGGAAUUUGGAGAAAUCGACAUUGUAUGCCCGGGAGCAGGAGUCUUCGAGCCGCACUGGAGUAACUUCUGGCGCCCGCCAGGGUCCGCUGUGAGCAAGGACUCGCGCAGUGGUGGCCGCUACGCAACACUAGACAUCAAUAUCACACACCCGAUCCGCACGACGCAGCUGGCGAUAGCGCAUUUCCUGCGACACCGCACCAGUGGCAGCCCGAAACACAUCGUGCACAUCACCAGUGUUGCGGGCCAGAAUCCGGUCUUUAGUACUCCGAUCUAUGCUGCCUCCAAACAUGCCCUCAACGGCUUUGUGUGGUCAAUGGCCAACCUCGACAAGGACCUGGGGAUUCGUGUCACAGCGGUGGCCCCAGGUGUGAUCAAGACCCCAUUGUGGACCGAACACCCCGAGAAGCUGAAGAUGGUGGAUGGCAGUGAUGAGUGGGUGACACCCGAAGAGGUAGCGACCGUGAUGCUGGCGCUGGUGCAGCAGGACCAGGUGAGCGAGACGAUCGGGGACCAGACGGGUCAGGGGCCGCAGUUCCCUGUGAAAGGGAGGGACCAUCUUGGAAGUCUCUAA